CUGUGCAGCCUGUGCGUCAACAUGACAGGCGGCAGAAACCAGUGAUCACCGCUGCAGCUGCUGCAGCCGCUGGCAUGAAGAAGAGUAGUUGUUGUUGGAGGAGGAGGAGGAGGAUGUCUCUGCCCUGCAGCGGAUCGUCGUUUCCUGGUGUGGAGAGCUGAUUUCUUCCCGAAUUUUCUCUCACCGGAUUUUUUUUUUUUUUUGGAGAGCGACACAGAGAAGGCUCCGCCAUUCCUGACUGUGACGUCAUACAGAAUUCAUCCCCUCGGUCCGGCCCCUGACACACAAUGGUGGAUUCCCUCAGGAUGUCGUCCUCGGCCGCUGACGCAGUUCUCAGUCGAAGGUACGUGUCCGUUGUACUCGUAGUUUUACAGCUGCUGACACUACGAGGCGGAGCUCAGUACAUUGGCGCCCCGUUGGAUUGCCGCACCACGUGUGUGUGUGCCAGCAACAUCGUCAGCUGCUCCCAGAUGAAUCUCACCAACGUCCCCAGUGGUCUUCCACACUACACGGCAGUCCUGGACCUCAGCUACAACGCCAUCACCAGGCUGCGUGCGGAGUGGACGCCUGUGACGCUGAGCAGACUGAACACGCUCCUGCUCAACAACAACGGCCUCACCUUCCUGUCCUCCGAGGCCUUCGUGCACGUGACCAAGGUCCGGCACCUGGACCUGUCUUCCAACUGCAUUCGCCUCCUGGACGAGUUCAUCUUCGAGCCUCUGGAGCACCUGGAGGUGCUGCUGCUGUACAACAACUGCAUCUCCCAGAUCGACCGCUCGGCGUUUUCCAGCCUGGUGAAGCUGCAGAAACUCUACCUGAGCUACAACCAGAUCUCACGGUUCCCUUUGGAGCUGGUCAAGGAGCGCAGCAGACUGGAAACCCUGCAUCUUCUGGACGUGUCCUCCAACCGGAUCAAAGUCCUGCCCCUCCAGGAGCUCCAGGCUCUGCCAGCCUGGCUGAAGAACGACCUGUAUUUCCACAACAACUCUCUUCCCUGCAGCUGUGACCUGUACGACAUGGUCGCUCGCUGGUACCUCAAGGAGCUGAACUCGGUGGCCGACUUCAAGGGCAGCCACACUUGUGUGUUACCGGGGCAGCAGAAGGAGAGAGUGACCAUACUGGAUCUGGACAAGGUCCAUCUGAACUGCAGCGAGGUCAGGGUUCUAACUGAAGGAGCCUUUCUGGAGCAGUUCCUGGUCCUGGACUGUGACACCAAACAGAGGGUCGUGCAGAAAAGCUGGGUUCUCCCCGGGAACACGUCCUUGUCCGCUGCCAACAAGACCGCUGUGAUGCGCCACGACAGCAGCCUCCAGAUCGGACCCCUGAGGGCGGAGGACUCCGGGGUGUACACCUGCUACGCCACCGGUGACGCCUACAACGAAACACUUUACGUGACCGUGGUGGUGUUCAAUUCCACCAUGAGCGGCGGACUGGAGAACCUGAAGACGGCCUACACCACCCUGGUGGCAUGUCUGGUCAGUUUAGUCAUGAUCCUCAUCUACCUCUAUCUAACACCCUGCCGUUGCCCUUGUUGCCCCGGCUACGGUUUGGAGAAGAACGACCCCGGCGACAGCUUCCACUCGUCGACCGUCAGCAUCAACCAAACCCACAACGAGGGCGGACAGGAAGUGCAGGAAGGCAGAGGAUUCCCCUACAGGCACGUGGGCUUCCAGGAAAUCAAGGACCAGUCGGAGCAGAACGGGAGGUUGAAUCCGAUCGGCGAGGAGGACGAGGAGGCGCAGGGCGACAGCAGGGAGAGGAGGAGGUCUGAUGCCGAGUCGGUGUGCUCUGACACCCCCAUGGUGGUCUGACUGUGUUCUUUAUCUGCUACACGGUUUUAGAAGCAUGUCAUUAUCAGAGCAAUAGCACUUAAAUUAAGAAAAGUCUCUAUUUAAAUAUUUUUCAAAAGUAGCAUUUUUCAGAGACUGUGUUUUCGCGAAGUCACGUUGCACAUACAGUAUGUUUUUUAUUGUUUGAUACAUGUCUCAUAUCCUGACGGAAAUGUGUUUUAGACAAAUAUACUUAAUGCUGAAGCUGCACAUUUAAAAAAUACUUUUUUUACUCUUUCUUUUAAGGUAAAAACAAGAAGAAGAAAGUUUAAUUUUGCUUUCAUAUCUAUAUAAUUUAAUUUAUCUUUGACUAAAAGAAAUGUGUUUUUUUUAUUUUUGAUAGUUUUAUUUUACAUUCCUCUAUGUUCUCUUUGCGACAUGUGAUACUGUAAUAUUUUAUCUUAUUAUGCUGUAAAUGUACACGUACCAAUAUUAAGCAGUAACAUAGCUGUAGGUCCAGUGUGUUUGUUUUUUUUCUG